AUGAGCGAUGAAGAUGAGUUGACACAAUUGAAAAGUAAUGCUGAUAAUUUAUCGAAAUGUUUGCAUGUUUUACUUGAGAAAAUUGAGGCAAUCGAAAGGAAAAAUAAAGGAACUUCAGAAUCUGUGAGUUUAUUUUUCUUUUCAAACUGAAACUUAAAAAAAAACAAAAAUUCAUAUUUAGAGUAGUAGUAGCCCAACUGAAAUGACAAACGGAAAAGAUAACAAUCGAGAAAAAUUUGAACAAGUCGAUAUUGAGGAAAAAUUGGAAACUGAUCCAAAAACUGGACUCAAAAAACGAACAAUUAUUACUGAAAGAGUUUUAACAACUAAAACAUUUCAUGCGUUGGCAUUAGAUGGUCCUUCACCAACAAUGACACCAAUUCUAAGAUCAAGUAGUACACCAACAAAUCAUAAUUAUGCACCAAUUCAUCAAUCUGCUAUUUUGUUACCACAAUAUCAAACAAGGAGUACUGUAAUUGAUGCAGUUCAGUUGAAACAGGUAUUUUUUAUUGAAAUAGAAGUUGUAUCCAAAUUCUUUUGUUUUUUAAGGUUGAAAUUGAAAAACAUGGUGGCCAAUUGGUUGUUACAAAAAUUAACGAGAAAUUGAAUAUCGACUUGAAACCUGGAGAUGUUAUAACAUCAGUGAAUGGAAAAGAUGUUUAUAUUCGAGCAGAUCUUGAAAAUCUAAAAGGUCAAAUCGAAUUAUCAAUUGAACCAGCUGCAAUUCAUUGUGCACCUUCAGUUUUUUAUCGAAUUCAAGAUAAUUAUCAAUCAUCAUUUGAUAAUAAUCAACCAUGUAAAUGGUUAGAUAUUGAAGUAUCAACUGGAGAUGUUGUUCAAGUAUUAAGUAAAGAUGAUAAUUGGAUGCAAUCAAGAAAAUUAGGAGAUUUAACACAAGUUGGAUAUAUUCCAACUAAUUUAACUAUGGAAAAAGUAUCAAUGUUAACACCAUUUGGAAGACGAGUUUUGGUUUUAUUAGGAGCUGUUGGAACAGGAAGGAGAGAUAUUAAAACUAUGUUAUUGCGAUUAGCACCACAUUACUUCUCCACAAUUGUUCCUUGUAAGUUUUUUUUUUCGGGAAUUUCUGUGGGAUGUUUCAAAAUCCGAAUGAGCUAUAAAAAUAUUUACAGUAACUUCACGAGCUCAGCGACCGGGAGAAGUUGAAGGAAGAGAUUAUGUUUAUGUUCGAAAAGAAGAAAUGUAUAAAAGAAUAAGAGAAGGUGGAAUGGUUGAAUGGGGAGAAUUGGAUCAUCAAAUAUAUGGAACAUCAGCUGAAUCAGUAAGAAAUGAAAUUCGAAGUGGAAGAAUGUGUGUACUUGACUCAGCUCCACAAAGUGUUAAUUAUUUAUAUAAUGCUGAAUUUAUGCCAUUCGUUGUUCAUAUUGUUCCACCGCCAAUUGAAGAAUUUCAACAAUUAGAAGCUGUUAAAAGAAGUCAUAGGUAACAUUGACAAAAUUAAUGGGAAACUAUCGAAUAAUUCAACAAAUAUUUCAGAACUGUUAGUCAACUUCAAUCAAUAUGUGAUGAAAGUGAAAGAAUAGGAAAAGAAUGCAAAUCAAAGAUACAUUUAACUUUGGUCAAUCGAAAUAUUGAUGUAACAUUUAAACGACUUGUUGAUGCUUUGGAAACUCUUCGAUAUGAAACUCAAUGGGUUCCAUAUUCAUGGAUGUGUUGA